AUGCUAAAUGAAUUUAAUCCAUGUCGACCAUGUUGGGAUACAAUAAAUGAUAAAGAUGAUUUUAAUAUUAAUCAUUCAUAUAAAAAUUAUACAAUUAGUCCAUUGGAAACCAAAGUUGAACGAAAUAUUCGUACACGUACAGUUACACCUGUUGUUACUGGUUCAUCUGUUGCUGCAUUUACUUUUAAUGGUGGUGUUAUUUUAGCUGCUGAUGUUCUUGGUUCAUAUGGUUCAUUAGCUAAAUAUCGUAAUAUUUCACGUAUUCAUCAAGUUAAUGAUAGAACUGUUCUUGGACUUGGUGGAGAUUUAUCUGAUGCUGAUUAUAUAAAAGAAGCUAUUGAUACUAAAGUAGAACAAGAUAUUAUUGAAGAAGAUGGUAGUAAAAUGACACCAUUAGCUCUUUAUGCUUGGUCUACAAGACUUAUGUAUUAUCGAAGAACUCAAUUAAAUCCAUUAUUAACAAAUGUUAUUGUAGCAGGAAUGGAAAAUAACGAACCAUUUCUUGGACGUGUUAAUGAUAAAGGUUCAGCUUAUAAAGAAUUUUUAAUUAUCACUGGUAUUGGCACUCAUUUAGCUCAAGGUUGGAUACGAACAAUACUUGAAACUUCUAGUCAAAUUAAUAAACAACAAGCUGAACAAUUAAUGGAUCGAAUUAUUAAACAACUUUAUUACCGUGAUUGUCGAGCAUUUGCUCGUUAUCAAGUUUGUAUUGUUACGAAUGAUAAUGUAGAAUUUAAAGUUAAAGAAGUUCAACCUGAUUGGAGUCUAGCAUCAUCACUCCGAAAUACAGAAUGA